AUGAUGCUGCAUGGCUGUUCCCUUGAUGGCGCGACUGCAACAUUGCUGGACGUACGUCCCACGUGCUGUAAAUUGUCUGAAGGAGGAGAGCAGAAGAGGGGGCAGCAACAGGCAGAGGAAAAACUAGCUUUACAGCACGGGGGACGUGACGUCCAGCAAUGUUGCAGUCGCGCCACCAAGGGAACAACACCAUGCAGCAUCAUCACAGCCCACAAGACGUUCCAGCAGAAUAGCAAACAGGAAUUCGAACAUCAACAACGGAAUUACCUAGUUGCGUUCGUCAUUCGUUCAUCCCUUUUUAUUAAUGAGGAGGAGGAGGAGGAGGAGGAUGAUGAUGAUGAUGAUGAUGAGGGCGGGGCGGAGGAGGAGGAAGAGGAUGAGGAGGAGGAGAAGAAGAAGGUGGAUAAGAGGAGAGGAGAAGAAGUGGAUAAGGAGGAGAUGGAAGGAGGGGGUGGAGAUGAGGAGGAGGAUGAUGAUGGGGGUAGAGGAGGAUAG